CAGGCGAUUAAAAUGAGGUUACCCAAGGCAGCUAAAUCUAGGCUGUUAUCCCUAACCCGUUGCCACUGCUGAGGGGACGAGUCUCUAAAGACCUGGGUGCAUUUCCUAAUUCUUCACCAAGUGCUGUUCUCUUCUAGGUCCUUGACGAAGACUCGUCGAUGGGUGGGGCUCUAGUUCAGUCCCUUCGUACCACUAUUUAACAAGCGACAUUUUCAAGCUAUGUGAAGAUCCAUUUUAAGAUUUAUUCCUCUGUGAUGGAGAAGUAUGAGAAAAUUAGGAAAAUUGGAGAAGGAUCCUAUGGACAUGUUUUCAAAUGUAGAAACAGGGACACGGGUCAGAUUGUGGCCAUCAAGAGGUUUCUGGAGUCAGAAGAUGACCCUGUCAUAAAGAAAAUCGCCCGUCGGGAAAUCCGCAUGCUCAAGCAACUCAAGCACCCCAACCUUGUCAACCUCCUGGAAGUCUUCAGGAGGAAGCGGAGGCUUCACCUGGUGUUUGAAUAUUGUGACCACACAGUUCUCCAUGAGUUGGACAGAUACCAAAGAGGGGUACCAGAACAUCUUGUGAAGAGCAUAACUUGGCAGACACUGCAAGCUGUAAAUUUUUGCCACAAACACAAUUGCAUACAUAGAGAUGUGAAGCCAGAAAAUAUUCUCAUCACAAAACAUUCAGUGAUUAAGCUUUGUGACUUUGGAUUUGCUCGGCUUUUGACUGGACCGAGUGACUACUACACAGACUAUGUGGCUACCAGGUGGUACCGCUCUCCAGAGCUGUUGGUGGGUGACACGCAGUAUGGCGCCCCAGUAGAUGUUUGGGCAAUUGGCUGUGUCUUCGCUGAGCUGCUAUCAGGAGUGCCUCUGUGGCCAGGAAAAUCAGAUGUGGAUCAGAUCUAUCUGAUUAGGAAAACCUUGGGGGAUCUCAUCCCUAGGCACCAGCAAGUAUUUAGCACGAAUCAGUACUUCAGUGGGGUGAAAAUUCCAGAUCCUGAAGAUAUGGAGCCACUUGAAUUAAAAUUCCCAAACAUCUCUUAUCCUGCCCUGGGACUCUUAAAGGGCUGCCUCCACAUGGACCCUGUUGAGAGACUGACAUGUGAACAGCUGUUGCAGCACCCAUAUUUUGACAGCAUCAGAGAAACAGAGGAUUUGGCAAAAGAACAUGAAAAACCAGCAAGGAAGACCCUACAACAGAGCCAAAAGCACCUGCCUGGGGUAAAAAUGGUGUACUGCCUUACAGAAACAUCCAAGUUGCAGUACCUCCCUCAGCUAACUAGUAGCAGCACCAUUCCAGCGUUGAAUAAUAAGAAGCACUACUCUAAUACCAAGAAACUUAACUACCGUUUUCCAAACAUUUAAGGAGAUUGAUGAUAAAAAAAGGAAUUGAUCAAUAAUUUGAAGAAAAUAAAACUUAUACACUUCACUGAAAACAAUUACAAUGUUGAAAACACAACAGGAGAAAACAUAAGCAAGUCAGGCCACUUGGCAUGAUAUGAAGGGACAUUCCAGAUCCAGUCUUCCAUGCUUGAUGAUGGUGUCCAGAAAAGAAAGGAAAAACCUGUUUGGAGUUUCACUUGUAUUUUUGUUUAUAUAAGCAGCUGAGCUUAGGGACAGAAAAUAAACUCUAUCUACUCCUCA